ACGUAAUCGGUGCACUAUGCGCUCUCCAUUCGUAUUUCACCGUCGGCGACUGUGACUGCGACUGUUCAACGUUAUUCACAGCAGUAACAACGAUCUUCUGGUCCAACCCGCACGACGCGAUGUUCGCGCCAUAAUAAUCAUAGGCGAGACAAGUAAGGAGGUCGCUGUGCGCGCUGGUGAUCAACCCAGUUUGAAUCAUGGGGGGUCACAGGUGUGUCACAUGUCACAAGAUGCUUCGUCGAUGGUUUAUUCGAUUUCCAGGUUUUGUUCGACGGUAUUCAAAUGAGGAUAUAUUCGAGCCAUAUCAGGAAUACACCUCUCCCCCUCCACCCCCUCCUCUCACCUCUCUCUCUACACUGCACAACCUGCUAAAAACACUCACCCCAUCCACCUACCCCACCACGCGUACUCUCCUACUCGACCUUCUCUCGCCCUCAAUCGCACUCCCCAUCCCCCCAUCCCCUCUCUUCCUCUCCGCCGCCCUCAUGGCAUUCCACCCCUCUCUCCCCCUCUCCACCCCCGCCCGAAUCCACGAUUUCACACUCUGGUUCACCUACUACCCCCCUCUCCACCCCGCUCCCCUCUCUCUCCUCCACACCCACCUCAAAUCCAGGCCCCAAACCUCCCUCCCCUUCUACACCACCCUUUCCCUCCUCCUCGCUCGCAAAGGAUACAUCUCCUUCUCCAACACCCACCUCCUCCCUUCCAUAUCCAGAUACUCCCCCUCCAAUUUCCUAGAAUUCUACCACACCUACGAAUCAUCCAUCCACUCCUACUUCUCCACGCUCAAAUCCCCCACCGGUCUCCGCAAAACCCUCUCCAUCACACGCUCCAUCGCUAUCCGCUUCCUCGCCGAAGCCGGGCACCUCUCCGUCGCUGUUUCUCUGUUGUCUCCACAGUACGCCCUCCACCCCAAAUCCCACUCCAUCCUCCUCUCCCGUCUCCUCGCCGCCCCGCCAUCCCCCACCCGGGAUCUCCACAUCGCCAAACUGCGGUCCCCAACGCGGGGAGUCCACACCAAGUGGAACUCACCCCGAAAGCAGAGCAAUACCCCGAAAGAAACACUCACACUCCGCUACAUCUCCCGCGCCCUUCUCUCGCCCGACCCGCGCAACUUUCCAUCAACGAACGACCUGGUCUCCUUCUUCACUCUCUACAUCUCUCUCCGUUCCCCACCCAGCUCACGCAACGCAAUAACGCUCCUCCACACACACACCCUCCGUCUCUCUCCCAUCCCCCUCCGUGCAAUCUCCCACCUCCUCUUCGCACACAUGGUCCUCCUCUUCCGUCUCGGUACCCGCUCCCCCUCCCCAAGUAUCCCCUCCCUCGGCCCAAGAGCGCUCCGUGCCCUCCUCGACCUCUUCCUCAAACACUUUCAUAUCCACGGAGUCUCUGUUCCUACUAUGCUUCAAUACACCAGCACCACCCCUACAGACGACUCUGACUCCUCCUCGUUCUACCUAUCAACCCUCUCUUCCCUCCCCACACCCACCUCCCCAUACCCCCUCCUCCCAAAACUCUUCCCCUCCCGGCUGCACAUCUCUCUCAUCUGGCAAUCCCUCGCCCACCUCGCACCGUCCCACCACGCGCUCAUCGAGCUCUACAACGAGCUCAUCCACUACGCGAGUCCCCAACCCCAAGUCCAUUCCCAAGUCCAGUCCCAACAAAUCCCCUCCUCCAAUCUCCAAACACCCAAAUCAUGGACCAGCCGCGGUCAUCGUCUCCCCUCUACCCCUACCCCCUACCCACCUCUCCAAUGGCAUUCCCACGCUCACCCCUCACCCAUAAUCGCAGAAUGUUUCACUCCGUUCAUAAUUAAACUUAUGCACGCUUCGACUUAUCCCACUUCCCCUUCCCUUUCCCCCUCUUCCCCUUCUCUCUCCACCCAGCACCCCAACACCCAGAUCGGAUCCCCAACCCCAACCCCACUCUCACUCUCAACCUCACUCCCAUCCCCAACCUCGAUCCUCCGCACGCUCCUCUCCCUCUCCCUCUCCCCCACCAUCUACCACUACACCGAGAUGGCCCGGUGGUGGGCCUGGCAGGGCCACGAGUCAAAGGUCUGGAUCGUUCUUGAUCGGUUGGAGAGUGAGGGUGGAGGCGUGGCCUUGGAACGUGGAGCUGGAGGUCAAGGUGGAGGUAAUGGUGGAGGAGGAGGUGAGAGUAAAGGUGGAGGUAAAGGUGGAAGUGUAGAAGGUGGAGGUGGAGAAGGUCAAGGUAGGAGUGAGGGUACAAUACACAAAGAUCACCAAGUCCUCCAAGCUAUAACAUCCGAGGACAGCCAAAAUCACCAAAACCAUCAAAACCAUGAAAACCCUCCUCCUCCUCCUCCUCUCCCCCUUUCCCCAGCCCCGUCCCCAUCCCUGUCCCCGUCCUCGAACCCAAACCCAAACCACACCCCCCUCCCACCACCCGACCUCCCAUUCUACAUCGCCCUCAUGCGUGCAUUCCUCUCUUCUCCGAACUACUCCUCCGCUUCCCCUCCUUCCUCUUCUCCCACCCCAUCUCCUUCUUUCCCUUCUUCCCUUUCCCCUCUCUCCCCUCCGUCCCCUACCUCCUUAUCCUCGUCUUCCCCUUUGUCUUCGUCUCUCCCCUCCCCCAUCCCAACCCCCUCCCCCUCUCCAAACCUCCCACCCUACCCCCCCACCUCCCCCUACCCCGGCACCCUCCGCCGCCUCUCCGCCCUCUCCCGCCUCUGGACACACAUGGAGCUGCGUUUCGGGCGCGCGUAUCUCUUGGAGCAGCUCGGUAUCAGUACUGGGAGUGGGGGUGGGAGUGGGAUCGGGAGUGGGGGUGGAAUCGGGGGUACUCGGGGUGCUCGGGGUGUUGGGGUUAGUCGUGUUAGUCGUGUGGUGGAUGACGAUGCUGUAGACGAUACUGUAGACGACGACGACGAUCAUGGUGACGGCGACAGCAGCACCGACGCUCCCACUUCCACCCACACCCCCCACACCCCCAACCCCUACCUCUCAAAAGCCGUCUCAAACUGGCGCGCAUUAGCCGGCGUACCCUCUCCCAGCAUAUCUCUCCACACAUCUCCCAGCAUAUCUCCACGAGAACCCAUACAUAAAGCUUAA